AGCGUUGUUGUUGACUGCAAGAUAGGAUAAUGGAUUUUGGGGGAAGUCUUGUGUACGUGGGUCCGACAGAUGAGCAGGAAGACAUACCUGAGGAAGAUGAUCUGGAGGAGAAGGAAGAAGAAAUUGAUCCCCAGAAUGCAGAUGAAGAGACAUGUUGCUUGGAUAUUCUGGACACAGCAGGACAAGAAGAGUAUUCCUCUGUACGAGACAUGUACAUGAGUUCGGGGGACGGCUUUAUGAUUAUCUACAGCAUUACUAGCAGAUCGUCAUUCAACGAGGCCUCAGCCAUUUACCGCCUUGUUCAGAAAAUUAAAGGCAUGGAUCAUGUACCUUCGAUUCUUUGUGGGAAUAAAAGUGAUCUAGAGCAAGAGAGAGAGGUAUCAUUUGAGGAGGGGAAGAAGCUGGCAGAAUCCCUGGGCAUUCCUUUUUUAGAAACCUCUGCAAAAACAGGAAGCCUAGUGAAGGAAGCAUUUGAAAAUCUGGUUUUAGAAAUUCCUGAACACAAAGCUACACACAAAAUCGUCAUGCUUGGGUCUGGAGCUGUUGGAAAAUCUUCACUGACAAUUAGAUAUGUAUCAGACCAAUUUGUUGAGAGCUAUGAUCCAACCAUAGAAGACUCAUAUCGUAAAAUGAUCAAAGUGAAGGGAAGACGAAGAAAAGCAGAGCAAGCUCUAGGAGAACAAGGAAAUCCCAGAAGACAGGUAUCCAGGGUGAGAAGCUUCAUCUCCUCAAUUAGUGGGAUCUUCUCUCGCAGAUUGUCUGGAAGAAGAUCAGCCACAGCGGAAGAUUUACCCGAUCAGCAACCGAGAAGUGACACUAGAGGAGGUCAUCCAAGUCGUCGAAAGUCAGCCCCGCCCAUACGAUCUCCUACCAAGUCCAAGAAAACCAUAAAAUGUCAGAAAGCUGACACUAAUGUCAUCUUGGUGUCCAUGAAGGAUCUUGAUCAGAUGGACAAUAUUGCUACGGGCGACCCGGUGUAUUGUGAUGGGUGUCAGGUUGUGUUGUCUUGCAUCUCUGAGACUCAACAGGACGAAGACAAGCUGCUAUGGAACUGUGAGUUCUGUGGACAUAAAAAUGUCUCCACAGAAGUCAGAAAAGAAGAAAUUCCUAAAUCAGACACCAUAGAUUAUGCUCUCUCUGGACCAGAAGAACAAGCUGCUACAGGAACAGAAACUGACAAGAUGGAGGCCACGAAACCCGCCACAACGGGAAGUGGAUACGUGGUGUACUGUCUGGAUAUCAGCGGAUCUAUGGGGGGUAUCACACAGCUUCCCGAACUACAAGCUGAAUGGAAGAAACAGAGGGAUGGGGAACAUGCCUCUGGCAGUAACAGUGUUACACGACUUCAAGCCAUACAAGAGGCACUCCUAAGGCAGUUAGAGCGACUGCACCUGGACAACCCAGACCGUCGAGUGAUCUUCUUAACGUUUGAAUCAAAGGUGGAAGUCUAUGGAGAUUGUUCAGAUAACACCAUACAGACCGUGCCUUCCAGCAUCCAUAAUGAGUUUGAACCAUUACUGAGCUACGGAGAAAAGUAUUCCACGGAACACCAGAUCAAGCCUUUAACGGAAUCCUACCAGAAAAUAGUGACAGAAGUAAAUAAGCUAAAACCAAAAGGCUGUACCAGUCUUGGCCCCGCCCUUUCUGUUGCCAUGGGGAUUGUCAAUGGUUCCGUGGGAUCUGAGAUUAUUUUAUGUACUGAUGGAGCACCAAAUGGAGGCAUAGGCAACAUGAACAGGGAUCCCAAUUUCUAUGUGGAGGCUGGGCAAUAUGCCAAAAAGAAGAACAUCACUAUUUCUAUUCUCGCUGUGGAAGGGGAGAGAACUGGAUUAGAGAAAGUUAGCAAAUGUGCAGAUAUUUCUGGUGGUACUGUGAAUGUGCUUAAUCCCCUGGAAAUAUCCCGGCAGUUACGACUCAUCUCACAGAAUUACGUCAUUGCUACAUAUGUUACGGUCACUCUCUUUCUCCAUCCAGAGCUGGAAGUGGAUGACCCCAGAUUUCCUAAGGGCAGUAGCAAGAUAAUUAAGGAGGUGGGAAGUGCAACAAAAGAUACUGAUAUGACAUUCUCAUUUAAGUUGAAAAAUCCUGGGAAAAAAUUGGACAUAGAAAAAAUACCAUUCCAGGUACAAAUUUCUUACACACUGAAGGAUGGCAGAAACAUGCUGAGAACCAUCAGUAAAUCACUGUCUACCACAGACAACAGACAAACCAUGGAGGAGGCUAUGAAUGUUAAUGUGGUUGGCACUGCAGUAGUACAGAAGACAGCUUACUUGGCCAGUAAAGGAGAUAUUGAAGAUGCUCGCUCAAAAUUAUUGUCUUCAAAAAGCAUGAUUUCCAAAGGAUCCAAGAAUUUACAGCAGCGUGAAGACAAGGUGGCAUUUAUUGAGGAGAGCAGAUCAUUGACACAAGUAGUCAAUAAGCUUCACAAAGAAAGGAAGCAGACAAAUUCUCUCUCGGCUUCCGGUUUCUCAGAUUUGGACACAGCUGUCUUGCAUGCAAAUGUCAUGCAGUCUGCCGGCAAAUUAUACGGAGCAUCCAAAAAGAUGGAGCUUGUCAAGAGACGAAUGGAGAAAAAUAAGGCACUCACAGAGGCAUACUAUGGAUAUCAACAACAAUGAACCAUAUUUAUUCAUUUUUUUGUGAAAUUUAACAAGUUUCUUUUUCCUUUAAUUUGUUGAAUUGAUAAAGUAAACAUGUUAAUUUCACUUGAAUUGUUUGCUGCUGCUUACAAUGGACCUGGAUCUCUAUUAUAUGAUUUUUAUAUCUGAUUAAUUCACUUGUUUGAAACUUAAAUCCUAAGACCUAAAGAAAGUUUCUUUUCUACUCAUUAUUGAAAUGUAAUAACUUACAUGAAGUAUAUUCUUAAUUCUGUGAAAGAUAUAUAAACACGGUACAUUAUUGUCACAUGUAGGGUAUUUGUCUACAAGAAAUCCAUGCUUUUUACAGAGUCAUUGCUUUACAUUUUUUUAUCCCCCCCCCCAAAAAAAAUUAUCAAAAUAUGUUUUGAUGCUGAUAUAAACAUGUUAAAAAAGGUUAACAUACCCGGCAAGUAUCUAAGCCAGUAAGUGAUUUGUUUUUCUGAUCCUUGUUGUUUUACAUAUAUUCGUGUUACUGCAUUUUUGCAUUCAGAUUUAAACCAGUUCUAAUCACCAAUGUUUCCAGUUGUUUUAUACCAUAGAUACAUGUAUGUUUUCUUUUUAU